UGGCAGCAAGUAGGCCUUAAUAGCAGUAGGCCAAAAUCGUCUGGACCUGUUAAAAAAGGUCGAAUUUGCAAAAUGGCUAGACAUGACAAACUGUACACAUGGAUGCGUUAUUUGAUGUUGCUGCUUUGUGUGAUACUUGUUAUAAGUGGUUUUGUGCUGCCGGGGCUUGGCGCAUGGAUUAGAUAUGGAGCAGCUACGUUUGUGGAUGUCCUGGGCCCCUACUCGUCUCAGCUCAGCUACAUCUGUAUUGGUAUGGGCUCAGUGCUGUCUUUCACGGGUCUCAUCGGCUGCUGUGGGGUUUGGAAAGAGAACCACUUCUUUAUCAUGCUGUUUUUCUUCAUCGUAACAAUGCUGUUUGUUGCCGAAAUCAUUGGGACUGUUUUCGUCUUGACGUACCGGAAUCUGGUUAGAUUAGUGGUACGUGAUGCAAGCAAGAAUUCCCUGAUGACUGCCAAUAUGGGCCCAGCAGCAAAAGACCCAAUCUCAACAGCAUGGAACACAGUCAUGGUCAAGUUCAAAUGCUGUGGUUUUGAGAACUCAACUGUAGAUUUCAAGGGCUCUGUGUUCAGUACAACCAUGGGUUUGAACUACCCUAAGGCUUGCUGCGUGAACAAGACCCUUGCAGACUGUGACGGUAUCACCAUCACUCCAAGUCUGAUCCAACCACAGAGCUGCUUUGGUAAGGUCAUUACAGUGAUCAGAGAGCAGAGUGUCAUCCUGGGAUCAUCAGCUGGCUGCAUAUGUAAGAUGGAGUUAUUCUCCAUGAUCCUUGCCAUGGUUUUGUUUGUUAAGUUUGGGCUCAUGAGGCAUCCAUAGUGAAGCCAAAGGGUCCAUCCACACCUGGAGGACACCAACAACCCCCACAGGCAACAAUAAAGUUCUGCUAAACA